CGACUGGUGGCCUUAGUGCCCAUGCCCAGUGACCCUCCAUUCAAUACCCGAAGAGCCUACACCAGUGAGGAUGAAGCCUGGAAGUCAUAUUUGGAGAAUCCCCUGACGGCAGCCACCAAGGCGAUGAUGAGUAUUAAUGGUGACGAGGACAGUGCUGCUGCUCUUGGUCUGCUGUAUGACUACUACAAGGUUCCUCGAGACAAGAGGCUGCUGUCUGUAAGUAAAGCAAGUGACAAUCAAGAAGACCAGGAUAAAAGAGACAGUUACACAAGAUUGGUGAUGCUGAAUCGAUUAUUUCCUGGUGAUAUGAAAUUUCGGAGUGCUUCAGUUGGGACUGAGGAGUACAUGUAUGACCAAACUUCAAGUGGCACAUUUCAGUACACCCUGGAAGCCACCAAAUCUCUCCGUCAGAAGCAGGGGGAGGGCCCCAUGACCUACCUCAACAAAGGACAAUUCUAUGCCAUAACACUCAGCGAGACUGGAGACAACAAAUGCUUCAGACACCCAAUCAGCAAAGUCAGGAGUGUGGUGAUGGUGGUCUUCAGUGAAGACAAAAACCGAGAUGAACAGCUGAAAUACUGGAAGUACUGGCACUCUCGGCAGCACACGGCCAAGCAGAGGGUCCUCGACAUUGCUGAUUACAAGGAAAGCUUUAAUACGAUUGGGAACAUUGAAGAGAUUGCAUAUAAUGCUGUUUCCUUCACCUGGGAUGUGAACGAAGAGGCAAAGAUUUUCAUCACUGUGAAUUGCCUGAGUACAGAUUUCUCCUCCCAGAAAGGAGUGAAAGGACUUCCUUUGAUGAUUCAGAUUGAUACAUACAGUUAUAAUAAUCGUAGCAAUAAACCCAUUCAUAGAGCUUAUUGCCAGAUCAAGGUCUUCUGUGACAAAGGAGCAGAAAGAAAAAUUCGAGAUGAAGAGAGGAAGCAGAACAGGAAGAAAGGGAAAGGCCAGGCCCCCCAGACCCAGUGCAACAACUCCUCUGACGGGAAAUUGGCCGCAAUACCUUUGCAGAAGAAGAGCGACAUCACCUACUUCAAAACGAUGCCUGAUCUGCACUCACAGCCGGUUCUCUUCAUUCCUGAUGUUCACUUUGCAAACCUGCAGCGAACAGGACAGGUAUAUUACAACACGGAUGAUGAACGAGAAGGCAGCAGUGUCCUUGUCAAACGGAUGUUCAGGCCAAUGGAAGAGGAGUUUGGUCCAGCACCUUCUAAACAGAUGAAAGAAGAAGGGAUGAAGCGAGUGCUUCUGUAUGUGAGGAAAGAGACCGACGAUGUGUUCGACGCUUUGAUGUUGAAAUCUCCCACGGUGAAGGGCCUGAUGGAAGCGAUAUCUGAGAAAUAUGGGCUGCCAGUGGAGAAGAUUGCAAAACUUUACAAGAAAAGCAAAAAAGGCAUCUUGGUGAACAUGGACGACAACAUCAUCGAGCAUUACUCGAAUGAGGACACUUUCAUCCUCAACAUGGAGAGCAUGGUGGAAGGCUUCAAGAUCACGCUCAUGGAAAUCUGA